UCAUUGAAUGCCUUAAAACUGUUAUAAAAAAUAAUAAAAUUUAUGUGUUUUUUCUACAGUAAAUAAAAUUAAUAAAUCAAUUGAUUAGUAGUUAUAUUAAUAGACCGUAUAAUGCAAUUGAAUUUAAUACUUAACUUACCGGCGAUUGGUCUCAAAAGUCACGCACCGACAGUGGUUAAGACGUUUGUUUCAUCCAUCGCUGGCCAUAGUUGUUGCCGACGAUCAUCGCUAACACUGCCGUUCAGCAUCACUACUGGUUGUUGUCCAUAUCAUACGCGGCCAUACUAUUGGUGGCCAAACACAAUCACCGCCAACAACUCAUUUGCGGCCACAACAACAUCAACAACAGCCACAGUAUGUGAUAAUAAAGACUAUGAUCAUCAAAGUGGCCACCAAUUGGACUCGCGUUUAGUGUCAAUGAGCCACAAGUUUCGGCACAAAGUGAUGGCCAAUUGGUUUCGGCAAAACAUUAGUAAUAAUUUUAAUAACAAUAGUAUUACCGGUAGUAGUGUUAGUGAUAAUGUGAUUAAACGGCGAUUGACUUCAUAUUCAUCUGGAGAUACAAAACAACGACAACAACAGCCACCCGAAGAACAACGAGACACCAGCGAUGGUGACCACAGCUCAAGACACGAUCAAACGGCCACCGCUACUGAUUCGAGUGGCGGCGGCUAUAGUACCGGCAGCGACACGACAACAGAUUUUACCAGCGAUGACGACGACCUGUUUGAAGAGCCGCCGCGCGUCCGGUUCGGCCUAUUGAAGGUGACCAUCACUAUAGCGUUGGGACUAUACGCCGGCGCCCUAUUUGCUAUGUUCGGCGCCAACUUUCUCGAAGAAUACGAAAUAUUUGUUACCGGCGAUGACGAAGAUGACGAUUGACUAUCGGUGACAACUACAGCGGCGGCGACGCCGACCACCGAAACUGUUAGACAAUUGUCGGCGAAAUUAUUGUCUGAGUGGGGCGUCGUAUGCGAAGACAAUGUUCAAAGAUAUCAUUGGCUGGCAAUUGUCUGGCCAUCAGUAUGUUUGCCGAUAUCUUCGGCAUUUCAUCGGUGAUAAUUGUAUUUGUAAUUAACGCUCAAAAUCAUAGGCUCUGAUGAUAUUACAGAUAGAUAUUUGUAUUGUUUUUUUGUUUGUGAUUUAUAUAUUAAUAUAUAAUA